GAGGAGGGGGGAAAAACCCCACAAAGGUCAAUGCCUACUGCCAAACGUUGGUUUAACUGGGAUCUUUCCACUGUGAUGCCAAGAUAUCCCAGCGACGGACCCAGACAGCAACCUGCACGCAGCCCCCGCUGCACGGGACAGGCAAAACCUCCCCCUCGCAUCCUCCAUCCCUUCUCCAGGCUGCCGCCCUCUCCUCCCUGCUCCUUUCCCAACAGCUUCUUAUCCUUCCAGUGUUUGGUGAAAAGAGACUUGCAGGAGGCAAUUAAGCUUUCAUCUCUAAUCCCACUCAGCCCCAUCACUCCGGCGUUCGCUCGCUUCCCAAAUGGGACAUCCCUGACAUCCAAAUCAAACCCGAAAAACCCUCUCGGUGAGAUAGCUUGCUCGCCAUCCUGCCACUCCGAGGCUUUGCAGCCCCCCCGGGACCCUGGAAAUGACUGGGUAGGGCUGGGUGCUGUCCCUUCUCCUCCCCUUCAUCCAUCCACACUCACUCAGGGAUAUCUCCCAAAAUAAGCGGAGUCUCGGGACUCUCUCCAGGCUUCGGAGCAGCCAGGGGACUCGACAGGGUCCUUGCACUGGGAAAUGCUGCUGGCAUGGGGGAAAGCCCCGGCAAACAGCAGCAGCCCCAGUGCAUGGGCUCACCUGCAAGUCUUAACAACACCCAGGGUUUUUCCUUGGAGGUUCAGCAACCAAAUGAGGCAAAUGACGUGAAACUCCCCCCGGAUAAACACAGAAAUCAAAGGAGGAAAGUGCUACCCUCCCCAGCUCAGAAAAAAAGCCUGAAAGUGGGAAUCAUGAGCACUGAAGGCAUCACUUAUGACCCUCCAUAUGUUUUGGAGGGGUUACCCUAAAGCCCAGUUCCCAUAGGGUCAGGACAUCCCUAAAAUCCUGGUGUUUGCCGGAUGUCCUCUGUCACCUGCCUCUGCAGCACAUGCCAGGGCUGUUGCUUUAAACCUCCCCCGUUUCCAGCCCAAAUCAGAAAUCAUCCACUACACCAACCACUGUAAAAAAGAGCUUUCCCAAACACACCCACAUCCACAAACCAGCCCACGUUUCCCCAAAGCCUUCUCCUGGACCAAAACUCCCAUCCCGGGCCAAAUUACUCACUGCUUAUCAGCUACGAGUUAUUUUCAUUGUGUGAGCCACGGAUGCAGAUACUGGCAAUGAAGGGAGAAGAGACUUGGCCACAAAAGAGCCGUGCAGCGAGGCUGCCCAGGACAGACCGACAGACAGAGGGAUCGAGCACACGGACAGCACCAGGAGAUUUCACUAAUAGUUACGGUAAAGCUGCUCUAUUUGCAGGAAAAUGCUAAAUUGAAAUGAAAUGAUCCCCCUGGAAGGAAGGGAACUGCCCAGCUUCUGGGGAGAGAAACCCUUCUGCUGGGUCUUCCAUCUUCGUGUUAGAGCCCAAAAUAGCUGGGAUGGAGGACAGGGCUGAGCCCCUGGGUGUGCGGCGGGGGGACAAGCACGUGCUGAGCUCCCACAUCAGCAAGGGCAGCCUAAAACUGGCAGGGGUAGGGUGUCUGCAAGUGGGAAAAUUGGGUCCCAAAUUGGGCAUGGAAUGCCCCUAGGGAGCCGGCACGGCUUCCGGACCCGAGCGAGCAUCCCCGCGCAGUGCUGUGCUGGCAGUCACGCCCGACAUGCCUUUGGGCAACAUGCCUUUGGGCAAGCCCUGGUCCUGCCAGGGGACCCACCGGUGUCCCUCGGAGCUCCCCCACCCAUCCCAAUUCCCCCCUGGGCAGCACAGUGGGAUCCAGAUUAAGCACUGGAGCAGUCAGGCAGGGAGCCGUGGGGCAGCCCCCCCACCCAGCCACCCACCCAGCGUGGCCGCAGCAGCACCUUACGCCAGCUCCUGAUCUUCUCUCCAGCAGCGGAGCUGGGGGGGUUAGAGGGCCAGCAGCCGGGGCACGGCUGCAAUAAUACUCCUGGACUCCAAUUGCUUCAUAAAUCUUCCCAGAUUCCCUUUCUCGGACUACGGGAGGUCAAUGAGGCUGAAUUAUCGGAGCUACUGGAGUAGCUUCCAAGCACGCAGUGAAUAUUUUCUAAGCCAGGAGCAGCAGCAGGUUAAAGAAUGAGAGGAAAAGGCAGGUUAAAAGCAGGGCUUGGGGCACGUCUGUACAACCCGCUGUGGGCUUCAGGCUGCGGUAACCAAACACCCUCCUAUAAAAUCAACAAAGUCCUCAGGGGAUUUCAAGGAAAUCUAUUGUUUCCCUUUUUAAGGUUAAAAAACCCCCCAUGCCUGGGCUUUUCAGCUGAGGACAAGGGGCUGGGUUUGAGUGAAGGCUUUAGGAAUAGAAGAGGUGAUCGAUGCUAUGUUAUUCCGACAGCAAAAGGAGCCUGCAGACAGCAGGGCUAUACAGACAGGUCACCGUAUAUAUAUAUACAUUGCUCAGAGGGUGCCUGUAGUUCCCAGGGAUGCUGCCCAUCGGCAGCGGCGGAGCUGAAUCCUGCUCCCACGGGGGUUUCCCCACCAGAUUGCUUUGCCUUAUGAGAUGGGGCAAGGUGAUUUUUUCAUCAUGGGCUGCCCACACCUGGGAGGGGGUCACGGCUGUUUGGGGGGCAAGCAGGGAGUUGUUUUCCAAACAGAAACUCUAGAAGAACAACUACAAAUAAAGUGGAUACUCCAAAAAAAAAAAAAAUCUGGUAUAACAGAGAGCUGCACUCGUGGUUUUUGCUUGGAAUGGGGAAGGUUUUGCUCCUUUUGGGUGCCUUUGAACACAGGGCCUUGCAGGAUGGUGUAUUAAAUAAAUGCUGUCCCAUUCCACAGCUGGUGGAGGAAUUAGUCUCAGGUUUAGGCUUAAAUUUUCAUGUGAACCCUCUGCCCCUUUCUGUGCCAGUGUUUGCCUUUAGAGCAGCUCUCCCUGUCUGUUAUAUCUUAAAUUUCAUUUUAAAGCCCUCGUUAGAGCAGUUUUGCAAAGCUGAUGAACAGGUCUGACGUUUUCCCCCCGUUUUUCAACAAACUGAAGGUGCAUCAAAAUGCAGGGGUUUGAAGAAAACCCUCAAAUCCCUCAAAAUACAAAAAACAACCCCUCCAAUCCUUUUAUUUUCUUCGCUUUUUUUUCCCCCUGAAAACAGCAGAUUCCCAAAGAGCUCUAGGGAUUAUCCCAGGACAUAAAUCAUUUCCCUAACCAGGAGCAGUCAGGGCACCAGCUCACUGGGGACGCAGAAUCUGUCCCCUCGCAGAGCGUCCCGCCAAGGCAGCGAUGCUGCUCCCCCCUCCUCUCCCCAAAACACCCACCCUGGGGGCAUUUGGAUCCCCAAAAGGAUGAAUCCGCUUAAGGCAUCCUUCUCUCCUCGUAAAAGCUUGGGGGUGAUCUGCCAGCAACGGGGCAGGGGGGGGCGGGCAAAGGAAGAGGCUGAAGUUUGGCUGUGACCCCACAGAUCCGUGGGGAAGGGCGUCCGGAGCGAGAGGGAGAAGCAAGCAGCCAGAAAACCGGCAGGAGCCAAGACACAACCGAAGGGCGUAGACUCCUGCCAGGGAUCUCCAAUCAGCCCUGGGAGGCUUGGCUGCCUGCCGUAUAAAUGCAGAGCCAGGAGGGUGGGAAGGCAGCGUGCCUCUGGGCAGGGAGAGGAAGAGGAGGAUGAGUGCCGGGGUGCUUCCCGCAGGGAGGCAGAGAGCACCCAGCAGCACCCCAGCAGGGAUGAGCUGGACCCCGACGGCAGCCCAGCAGACCAUGCCCAUCUCCUCCAGGCCCCGGACAUCCUUCCUCAUCCAAGAUAUCCUCUGGGAUGGGGCAGAGCGGGGAGCGCGGCCGGAGAGGGACAAGAGUGGAGGAUUUGGCAGCCCGGAGGACAGGGAGCCGGGGGCGGCCACGGAGGAGGGGAGCGAGGGCAGCUCGGCCCCAGGGGCUGCCCCAAGGCACCCCCCCAGGAGCCCUCGUCCCCCAGGAGCAUCCCAAGGCCAAGGGACACCCCACGAGGCAGACGCAGAUGCCACGGUGGAGACCUACCUGUCAGACUGUGACCCCCCCCUGCAGCCCCUGCCCAUCGCCCAGUGCCCCCCCAAGCAGGCGAAGCGCUCGCGGGCAGCGUUCUCCCACACCCAAGUCAUCGAACUGGAGCGGAAAUUCAGCCACCAAAAAUACCUGUCGGCCCCCGAGCGAGCCCACUUGGCCAAAAACCUGCAGCUCACCGAGACCCAGGUGAAAAUCUGGUUCCAGAACAGGAGGUAUAAAACCAAGAGGAAACAGGUCGCCUCCGAAAUCAGCAGACUGGACACGCAGCCGGCCGGGCCAAAAGCGGCCGAGCUCCCCGGAGCAUCGCUGCUCAUGCUGCGGGGCGGCUGGCAGUACCUGCCGUGCCUCUACUACUUGAACGGCUGGAGUCCCUUGUGGUGGUAACCACUUUUUUAAGCAGAAAGCAGCCUUUUCUGUUAAGAUGUUGGGUUGGUUUUUUUUUUUUUAAUACCGCGUCGCUCUUUCUAGCACUAAGUAGGGGAGGGAGAGCUCAUUCGCAGUCAUGAUCAAGCAUCUUCUAGUUGCCGCCCAAGCUUCCCUCGUUGCUAACAGUAAAAAAAAAAAAUACCCAAAAAAAGGCCAAGGUUUUCUAAGUGUGUCAUUCAGCACACUUGGCAGCAUUGCUCCAGGGCUGGUCUGCAGCUGGAAAAUAUUGUGGGCUCUUUUGGGGGUAGAAAGCAAGGGACAGUCCAGCCCCAGAGACAGCGAUCGUCCCUCUCUGCCCCUCCUAAAUUGCCUGCGCCCCCCUGAAGCCUUUGCUCCUUGCUGAGAUCAAGCUGGCAAAAAGCAAACUGCUGACCCCGGGCUGGCACUGAUGUGGCCCCAACUUGGCCACUUGGGCCACCAGCUGUGCUACGAUCUAAAAAUUAGUUUUAAAAAAGGGGAAAAAAAAGCAAAAAAAAGUGCAUUUCUGCCAUUGAUACCUUAAUUGCUAAAGGUCCUAGAGGGGAUGUAGAGGUCCCCCAGGAUUUCUGUGUGCUGUCGGGCAGCACCGCAGCCUCCACCUGGGGCAACGUGCUUUUGGGGAGAAUUAAACCCCUUUCUGCCACAAGCGCCAACAACCCGAAGCGCCCGAUGGCCGCGGAGCUGCAGCCGGGGACCAGGUUUGCCAGGACGUGUGCGAAGGCGGCCGCCCUGGCCGGGAUGGAGCCGCGCCAGCUCGCCCCCACCCAAACCCAUCCCCCUGCCCUUCGACGGCCGAGACGCCAACGGCCUCUGCCUUAACAGCCCUGAGAAGCCAAACCAGAAAGCCUCGGAACAGGGACAAUAGCGCACUGACAGAUGAGUUUUGCAUAUCCGGGUGUUGCCGCUCUUUGAACCUUCCCGUAGAAGCUCUUUUAAAACAGCAACAGCCCAAAGCGCUCAACGCUCCCCGUCAGCUUUCAAAGCCGCAAACUCCCCGUCCGCAAGUGAAAUCAGCUCGAUUCCCACCGCCACGGCGUCGGGAUAGCAAGAGGACGAUGGACGAUAUCUUUACGAGCGGCUUUUUAGUGAGACGACAACGAUUCGCGCUAGCAGAGUAGCAGAGAUUUAUUUUUUUGGUACCCAAUUGUACCUAAAACUUUAGAUGCCAUUAAGUCUAUGGGAGAAAGCGUAGAAAUAAAUGAGAUUUCCAAGAGAGGAAACAUCUCAACUGCUGUUUCUCAGCUGGUGUAAAUCAGCAUAGCUCCACGGGGACAUAUUUAAUCUUCUGAAACAAAAGUACACGGAAGUUUCUUCCCCCUGAACCUCCAGAAAUGUUUCUGUGGUGCCUGUUCUUUCUGAAAGAGACUUCAAAAAAAUCACAGUGGUCCAAUUCCCUCUGGCGGCAGGGAACUGCAGACAACUAGAUAGUGUUAAGAAACUGCUUAGACCUGUCCCUUUUAACAAGAUUAAUUGCAAACUGAUCUUUUGCCUUGCCCCUAGGUCCAGAUUUUGCAAGCCAACAGGCGUAGCAAAGGCAAAGCUGCUGGGGGUGCGUGGACGGGGGAAAACUCAGGGGUAGGGAGGGCAGGGAGGGGAGAACACAGAAACCGAAACCCUUUGGGGCGGAUAUUCAGUUGCUCCUCGCUAUCGAAGCAGCUUGCCCAAUUUGGAGGACAACCAGUUGCUUUCUAGUUGGCUGAAAGUAACCCCUAAUAUCUUGAGAUAACAUUUUUUUUCUUCCAGCUCCUGCUCUCGGAUGCUGCGUAUCCCCCGGCCCGUCCCCUCGCAGCCGGUGCGCGGGCCAGAAGGCCAUCUCCCCUCCUCUUUUGCAAUGUGUUUCAAACCCAGCCCCACUCCUUAUCCACUUUGCACUUUGCUUAUCCUCUGCUUGGAGCAACAAAAAAAGAAAAAA